AUGUCGAAAACGGCGACAGCCCGGCGACAUGUGCCUCUCGAAGACGACAUCACAACCUCGGGUGGGAGAUUGAGGACGAAAUCAAUCACAGGAAAGAGGAAGUCGAGGUCGGACGAGGAUGCCAAGGGCGACGGCUACAUCGAUGCCCGAUCUUCAAGGAAGAUUCUGGCCAUUGCACAAGAUCUUGCAGAAGAAGACGCAGCAGACCGUCAGGCCGCCGGCGGAAGAUUUGUCUCGCCCACCAACGCAGCAUUUGCCUUCGACUCGAGGUUUGCUGGAGAAGAUGGGGACGAGAAUGAAGACACGGCAGCCCAUGGACAAUACGAUGAGGAGGAGGAAUGGAUGCCCGAAGAAGACGAGGAAGUGGUUGCUGGGAAUGAUGAGAUGGACCCGGAAGAAAUGGCGGUCUACAAAAAGUUCCUCGACGACGGCGAAGAACUGGCCGACUUCGCGCCGUCAUUAGCGAAGCUUUCGACAGCGGACCGAAGUAAAGGUGCGCCAGUAGCAGCAGGGGAGGGAGAGGAACCUGAGGGGGAGGGCGAAACCAGGAAUCUGGCCGACAUAAUCCUGCAACGAAUCGCCGAGAAGGAAGCCCUCGACGCAGCACGUGCUGGAGAUGGAGAGCAGCCAGUCAAACACUUCGUAGGCGGAGGUGCGCCCGAAGACGCCAUCGAAAUCCCAAUGAAGGUCGUCGACACCUUCACCAAAGUCGGCCAGAUCAUGAGUCGCUACCGAUCCGGGCCGCUCCCCAAACCGUUCAAAGUCCUCCCAACCCUCCCUCAGUGGCCCGAUCUCCUCAGCAUCACCAGACCCGAAAACUGGACACCGCACGCCGUCUAUCGCGCGACAAAGAUCUUCAUAUCAGCCCCGGCAGCGACGGGUCAACACUUCUGCGAGACCAUCCUCCUCGACCGCGUCAGGGAAGAUAUCCAGGAAACCAAGAAACUCAACGUGCACCUCUACAACGCCCUCAAAGCGGCCUUUUACCGGCCUUCGGCGUUCUUCAAGGGGUUUCUCUUCCCGCUUGUGCAAUCCGGCUGUACUCUGCGCGAGGCGCACAUCAUCUCCUCGGUGCUGGCCAAGAUCAAAAUCCCCGUCCUGCACUCUGCCGCUGCGCUGCUUCGACUGUGCGAGAUCUCGGCCGAGCAGACCUCGAACGUGAACAGCGAAGCCGCGGGUGCGGCGAAUAUCUUCAUCCGCGUCCUGCUGGCAAAGAAGUAUGCUUUGCCGUACAAGGUCGUGGACGCACUGGUGUUUCACUUCUUGCGGUUUCGCGCGUCCAAAGAACAAGACGAAGAGACCUUGGCGUCAAAGGAGGCGAAACUCCCGGUCUUGUGGCAUCAGAGUCUCCUCAUCUUCGCGCAGACUUACCGGAACGAAAUCACCGAGGAUCAGCGAGAGGCGUUGCUAGACCUCUUGCUUGCCAGGGGUCACAAGGAUAUCGGCCCAGAAGUGAGACGGGAAUUACUCGCGGGCAGGAACCGUACGGGUGCUGAUGCGCCGGGUGCAGGGGAAAUGCAGGUCGAGGAGCAGGACAGGAGGGACGAUGGAGACGACACCAUGGUCAUGUGA